AUGGGGAGGAAAUUCUUUGUUGGAGGCAACUGGAAAUGCGUAAGGAUCGGACGGUGUUCUUUUUCUCAUUUGUUGCUCUUUUAGUUUGUUUUCUGGUUGAUCUUUUACUUUAUAUUCUGAUGAUCUGCUAACCGCUGGGGAGCGACUGAUCUGUUCAAGUAGUACUUGGUGAUCGAUUCUCUAUGUCUUGCAAAAGGUUCCUCUGCCGUUUCUGUAGUUGACAUCUUUUUCUAACGCGUGAAGCAUUGGAUCGUCCCAUGAUUUCUCUGUUAAUUUUUGGCAAUCCGUUUUCUUAAGUUUUCGUUGCGGAUCUUGUGUUUUCAUGUAUUGAAGUCGGGUGAAAGCGUUUGAUACAAUGAGACAUUUUGGUUAGUGACUAUGAUCGGAAUAAAACAUGACUGGUUCUUUAUUUGCUGAUCUUUUAUGGAGUUCUCAGUGUUCUGGUUACGCCAGAGCCUGAGGUGUAAUUUAUUAUUUAAUUGCCGUAAUUAUCAUGAUUAUCCACUAUUUUCCUCUAAUUUCACGGUUUGUUGGUUGCUCGUCUAAUUGUGAGGCAUUUGUGAUUGAGUGCAGAAUGGAACGAAUGAGGAAGUGAAAAAAAUUGUGUCUACGUUGAAUGGAGCCGAAGUUCCAUCCGAGGAUGUCGUGGGUAUGAAUUCAAUAUUUCAACAUUUCAACUGCAGUUUAGUUUUUCAUUGUCAUCUUAACAUUUUUCCGGAGAACUUUCCAAUCUAUAUUCAUGAAAUUCUGCUACGCUACUAUAAGCGGCCCCCCCCGCCCCCCCCCCCCCCCCCCCCCCUUGAUCGCAUUCAAUCCCGUUAAGCAUCAUCUGGUGGCAAUCUGGUUUCUCUUUAUAAUUGGUUACCUUUUCAUGCGCUACAUAAGUCUGAACCCAGUGGAUAAGAGUUUCCCUUUGUUCGGGCAUAGUUCCAUCACCGUUUAUGCAUCACCUACUUUUUUCACCUGAUGCUUUGAUGUGUACACGUUAAUUUUACAUAAAUCAAUUUCUAUCCGAUGAUAAAUUCAUUGUGAACGACUUGAAACCAUGGAUAUAAAGCAUGCACCGCCCAAUAUUCUGUGAAUAAAUCGAACAUUGUGUACCAGAAAGUUUGAUGUGCGUGUAUAUAUUUUGUGUUUUUCCCUUAAUUGUGUAUGCUUCGUGUACAUAAUAGAAUGACAUAAACUCGGACAUAUCAGCGUCAUUAAUUUUUCUUUUUUAUGUUUUUCUAGAGGUCGUGGUCAGCCCUCCCUUUGUAUUCCUUCCAGUGGUGAAAAGUUUGCUGCGUUCUGACUUCUAUGUUGCCGCACAAAAUUGCUGGGUCAGGAAGGGAGGUGCCUUUACUGGUGAAGUUAGGUAAUUGAGAAUGUGUUCUUCAUUGUCAAUCAUUUCAUCUUUAACUUGCGUUUUUUGCUUGUCAGCUAUGAGCCUAAGAUGAGGAUUUCCGCCUUGCAUCAUUUGUGGAACUAUUUUUCGUAACUUCAAUCGUUUUUAAUCGCAUAAAAUGCAUAUUUCAUAAAUGUUGCAUAUGCUUUUGGGGAUUAUAUUUGAAAACGCUUGUGAGUGAAUCAGCUCCCAGUAUAUAUACGCACUUAUCAGUGUAAAGGAACUGAGAUUUCUUAUUUCAAUUUUUUUUUCUCUACUGCUCUCAGUAUCUUCGAUUUUUCUGUUCAUUCUUCCUUUUUCCUAUCCUUUCUGCAUCUUCUUCGCAGUGAGUAUGGAAAGACCGAUCUGUUGCUAGCUGUAACGCUAAUGAUGCAUUUUCUCAUAUCUACUAUCUUUGCAACAUAAAUAUUUUCUAUUCUCAUCUCCUGAUCUUCUCGUACACUCUCUGUCUCAGAGGUGCUUGCUCACCUAGCGCUCUCUCUAUCUCUCUCAGACUCCAUUAAACUCAGAAUUUUCCUCAUUCUUUAUUCCACCCAUAUUCAUUUGUCCCGUAUAUGGUCUCCUUUGUUUUGUUCCUCUUUCUUUCCAUCCCCCCUGUGAUUCCACUUCAUCAGUAGUCGUCAUCCCUCAAAUUUUCCGUUCUUGUUUCCUUCCCUAUAGACGGGCGAGCAGGAUGAAAUAUCUCCAUAUUAGGUGCUCCUAGCUGGGUACCCACUAUCUGGACGGACAUAAUCUUACUGUGACAUGUGAUCUGAAAAUAUUUGUCCAUUUAUCGAUCCAAACGCAUACUUUCCUCAUUUACUAGUCGCAAAUCUUCUAAAAGGUGAUUCAUAUCCUUUUUAGACUUGAUUUUAGCCGCAGAUGGUUUAUCAAUUUUUUGUUCUGCCUUAUUAUUUUUUCUUUAUUAGCUUAGAAAGUCGUGAACAAGGCUGAAGAAGAAUAACGAUUGGUAAUUUACAAUUCGGCGUCGCUUGCAUGUUUCUUACUGUUCAAGAGCAUGAAUUUCGCUCAACUAUUUUGUUCCAAUAAUACGAAUGAAGAAACCCAUCCCGAUCAACAUGCUGGGAUCUUAUCUGCGCCAAAAAUCUCAUCCAUUAACCUGAUGCCACUUCUUUGACGUACAGCGCGGAGAUGCUUAUUAAUCUGGAUAUUCCUUGGGUCAUUCUGGGCCAUUCCGAACGCAGGGCCCUGCUCAACGAGUCGAAUGAAGUAAGACUUGUGUCAUUUGCCUUUAUUAUAUAUCUGAUUAUUUGGGUGUUCUGUCCGUUCCUUUUUUGGUCAGCAUGUAGGUAUUGCUUACGUGCUUGAAUUUUUAUUUUUCAUAAAAAACGUCAUCAUAUAGCAUUUCCCUGUGGGUUCUUGAUAUCUUUGUAUGUAGAGGGUAAUGCAACCCCACUUGAAUAUUAAUUUGUCUGUAAACAUGUUUCAUCAGAUAAUCGGAUUCUGCAAAUAAUUCCAUGUCAUAUAAGAGCUGGAUUCUCACCCGAUAGAAAAUAAUUCCAUUUUCCUGUGUCGUUCAUUCUUAUGUUCUUAUUAUCUUCUCAGGGAAAUAUUUUUUUUUUCUUGACCAGAAUGCUAUCACAGAUACCUGUCUCGGUGUGUUGUGUCAACAUAAAAGCUAGCCAUCCAUGACUGCAGUGUAUAGAUUGUAUGGAAUCAUAUCUUCUUCAGCUUGUUAUCUCUGAACAUUCUGUGUCACUUUCAUUUUGAGUCCCGAGCAUGCUUGGGACAUCAAAUUUUGACAGACUCAUCUUAUUAUCUGGUAUCGCUCAUUCCUCCUAGUCUAUUUUUCGCAUUUUCACUGCCUAGAAACGUGCAUCUAAAUCAGCAUAUUUCAUGUUGACAACAUUGAAUGGUUCGAUCUGAUCUUAAUUAUGGAUCGUACUUAUUCUAUAUUUUGGGCUUUUUUAACUUUUAAGCAUUUGAAUAAUUUUUCGUGACAUCUGUUUGGGAUCGUGCCUCUCUUAUCAUGUUCGACCAUUGAUAAAAUGUUCUCUCUCUGGCUAAAUUUUGCUCUUCCUUUGAUUCCUCAGUUCGUUGGAGAUAAAGUUGCAUAUGCUCUCUCCCAAGGCUUGAAGGUGAUUGCUUGUGUUGGAGAGACUCUAGAGCAGCGAGAGUCAGGAUCUACCCUGGAAGUGGUAGCUGCACAAACAAAGGCCAUUGCAGGUUUACAUUUCGGCGACUUAGCCUAUCCAUUUCAUUGGGAAUGUCGAAUAAAUUAGUUGACAAGUUGAAAACAAAUGCCUGUGGUAGAGUUUCACCUGCAAAUAAAGCCCAUAAUAGUUUUUUUAAAAAAGGGAAAAUAAAAAGAAAAGAUAACUAACUAAAGGCUGGUUAAGGGUGUCAGUUUUAUUUUCCGUAAUUUAUUUGUAAUUUUUUGUUUCCCUCUUCCUCCCCUGCAGACCAAGUGACGAACUGGGCUAAUGUUGUCAUCGCCUAUGAGCCUGUUUGGGCCAUCGGAACGGGCAAAGUCGCCUCUCCUGCCCAGGCCCAGGAGGUAAACCCGCCCAACUUUCCUCUAAUCCACGGGCAGCUAGCUAGACCUGCGGGCUCUUCAUCGAUUUUCACUAAAAUUUCAUUUUUGCUGCUAAGUGACCCUUUGUGGUGGCUUGGAUUCCAUCCAUGUUUCCAUUUAUAAACGGAACCGAUUUAUAUAUGCUGGGAUCCCCUUUCUCUUCUUUCCCAGGUGCACCAAGAUCUCAGGAAGUGGCUGGCGGAUAACGUGAGCGCUGAGGUCUCGAGCACCACCAGGAUCAUAUAUGGAGGUAGAUGAAAAGAAAACCCGAGCAGUGGAUCUGAGCAGGCAUAUGAACCGUUGGAUCGUCGUCUUUAUCCUCGUCUUGAUCAUCAUGGUUCAGGUUCUGUGAAUGGCGCGAAUUGCCAGGUGCUCGCCGGGCAGCCUGACGUGGACGGAUUCCUCGUCGGCGGCGCCUCGCUUAAGGUUUUUCCUAGCUCUCCCUUCCCUUCCUCCCCCCCUUCUGUGGGCCCUCUACAAUGCUGACGUAGCUCGGCCCUGUUGAUAUCUAGCCGGAGUUCGUGGACAUCAUCAACUCCGCUUCAGUCAAGUAA